UAUUGUUAUGAACUUUAGAGUGAUUUGUCCUCAUUUACCAAGAACUUUAGAAAACUUUGAAAAUAAAUUGAUUUUGUGAAGAUUGACUCAUCAUGUGAAUUAUCUGGAUUUUUUCUGCUUCACAGUGUCCUCUUCAAAUCACGUUUUGAACUCUUGGGAUCUGUUGGAGAGUCAAAGCUCUGAUUGAGACCUCUGCUCAUGAGUCGAACCCUACAUAAUUUCAGACGUAGUUUCAAUUUUCGUUCGUCAUAUUUUAAGUUUCAGGAUGGCAAAAUUUUGUAUACUCAACUCUCCCAUAUCUGGAGGAAAUAGUCAUUAUAAGCUCUCGACUCUGUUAUCAUCAAUAGCCAGUGUCCUUUUCCUCAUCACCUCAGCCUUAUUUGUUUUAACAGCCUUCAGGAACACUUUGACAUGGCAUUUCCAAAAAUUCUGGGGUGCAUCAGGAAAUUUUUGGCAGUCAGGCUGGGAUAAGAUUCUUGAUCACUUCGGAGAAGAUCCAUUUACGUACUGGUACUAUGGAUCGUUGUUCGUGACUGUUGGAGUUUAUUGGUUCAUCGGUGGAAUCUAUACAUUGUUAGAUGUUUUCAAUAGGCCAAAUUCUCUUCGUUGCUACAAAGUACAGCCCGGUACAAAUGAGCCUGUUGACCUAAAACGUAUUCUCAUGGUUAUUCUAAAUGUGCUCACAAAUCAAUUUAUCGUUGGAAUGAUUGUGGGGCUCUUGUGGUAUCGACUAAUGCUAUGGAGAGGCUUUCCAGAGAUUAAAACUCUUCCCUCCUUCCAUUGGGUUCUUGCUGAGCUUUCUGUGCACAUUUUGGUGGAAGAAAUCAGUUUUUAUUACUCUCACAGAUUGCUCCACCAUCGCCUGCUGUAUAAACUAAUUCAUAAAAAACAUCAUGAAUGGACCGCGCCAAUAGCUAUCACUGCCUUGUACUGUCACCCUGUGGAGCAUGUUCUCUCCAACCUCCUACCCCCAUUCCUAGGUGUCUUCAUCACUGGCUCUCAUGUCGCAACAGCUUAUUUGUGGUUUACGAUCGCUGUCAUCUCUACUUUAAAUGCGCAUAGUGGUUAUCACUGGCCCUUUUUCCCCUCACCAGAAGCACACGAUUUCCAUCAUGCAAAAUUUAACCAAUGUUUUGGAGUGCUGGGCGUUUUGGAUCGCCUCCAUGGAACCCAUAAUUUGUUUCGAGAUUCACCUGCUUAUCCGAGGCACACAACCCUUUUAACGCUUGUUCCAGCACGAGAGCUCUACCCUGAUGUUCCCACCUGUCGAAAAUCAGCUGCACAAGCUGAAUUGCCUUUAACAGAAGACUCCCUUCUCAGUAACCACAAAAUGGUAUCUAAAGUAAGUUAAACCUCUCCGUACCAUCAGCUGGAAAAGAUAGAACACAACGAUUAUCUCUGAAUCAGCUGCACAAAGAGAAUUUGCACUUUACAUUUAAUUAAUCCAAAAUAUGAAUCAGUUUUUGGGAGAAAAUGUUGCAUAUUUAUUUAUGAACUCAACUGUAAUAUUGUACCUUGUGCUCAGCACCCAUUUUAUGAAGUUCUGGUUGCAACUGUUCGCAGUUGGAGCACUCACUGAAUCCUUUUUGUUGUGCAGUAUUGAAAAUGAAAAGUACUUAUGUUCUUUAAUUCAUCAAGCAAACCAUAACAAUGAAGAUGAAAUGCGGGAUUCUUAAGGUAGAAAAGAAUUGAUUGUAUUUGAGAAGUGCCCAGUCCAAGGAAUGGAAGAGGAUAAGUUCCCAGAAAACUUCUUGGACAUUCUCAGUUGAUUCAAUUUCAGCUAAACUUUGACCCUCCAGGGAUUUUUCGAAUGAAAUGAACAGGAAUCACACUCUGAGAUCACGAUGUUGAGAUAAUGCUAUUUCAAUUGAAUUAAUAAUGAGAAGUCUUGAGGAUCUCAAAAUUAAGAACAAGAGCAAAAAGAGAUACAAAAAACCCAAUAAGCGAUCAAGUAUAUCGCUGAAUUCGGCUUUGUCUUUUAUCGUGAAAUUAGGCCUACUAAGUCUUACUUGCACAAGUAACUUUACUAGGUUUUCUCAUAAUGGAGUGAGAGAAACUUCUCAUGGAAGUUUCUCCAUCUUUGUUUGGGUCAUAUUUUCCCGAAACCAAAAAUUGUAGCGCUCCGGUGCAGCUUACUGGGAGGAGUGUGUUAUAGUUAAUCAGAGGGUGAUCAAGCCACUCAUACAAAAUUGCUCUGGAAUGCAGCCAUGGCAUUUUUAGAUAAAGCGACUUUUGGAAGUUAGAGCUUUAUUUUGAAACUCUCCAGAGGGCCAUGGCAAAGUGUGUGAUAAGGCUUCCUGCCUCCACGGGUUAAACUGUAAAAAUUUCCUCUAGGAGAACAUUUCAGAGAUUAAUCUUGAAAUAUCUCUUAUCGGUUUGGAGUUCAUGCAAUAUUCAUGAUGCAAUCAAUUUUAUUUGCACAAUCAUUGUAAUUUAUUGAUAGUUGGCCGGUGUCUAUUUUUUAAGUAACUAAAAAUAAUUUUAAAGUUAGUCACACAAGAGCUGUAAAAAUGAUCAUCCAACACCUGCUAUUCUGCUGUGGACCUUUAAAGAUGGUUUGAAGCCUAGCAUCACAAUCUUUGUUUCCUCAUCGAAAUUUCUAACACAUUUUAGCAGAUUAAAAAAAUUAUUGCUAAUCUCUUAUUUACCAGUUUACCUUGAAAAUUUUUGAUACGCUUGAUGCUCUCUGCACUGACGGAAUGAUGAGGAAACAUUUCUUGUGAGACUUUAAUUUGUAGCCUGUCAAGUAGUUCACAUGUCACAUUACUGAUUAAUCAACCAAAAAAAACAAAUAGUGAAAGAUCGUUUAUUCCAAGAGUCUGGAAUCAAAGUGAACAGUUAUUAGUCUUUUGGAGUAUCCAGUCGGAAUGAAAAGAUUUUUUCUUGCCAUAAUUAGGAUUUUUCACAAAUUUAAGACUGAGAAAAAUUUGUAAUCUGAAUUUUUUGUGCGAAAAAAACUCAUAAGAGAUUUGAAACGUAACUGAGCAAGAGAUUCUUGAGGACCCCUUUUUAUUUGUCUUAACUACUGUACAUUACAAGUCCUCUAGAGAUCAGGAUAUUAAAUGAACCAUUUUUGCUCUAGGCAUGAAAAAAAAGCGCUAAAAUUAGUAUAUUUUGGGCAAACUAACAACUUCAUGGCGCACCUUGAAUCAGAAAGUUUGAGAGUUUAUUUUUCCAGCUUCGAACAAAAAUUCUGUUAGUCCAGUAGAAUUUGACCCUAAUUUUAUAAAAAUUUAGAAGUCAUGACAGCAUUCAAAAACAUGUUAUUUUUAGGAAAAUAUCUAAGAUUUUCACGCCCUCGUUUUUGCUUCUCACAAGCUCUUAGCAGCCUUAAUUGGGUAGCCUAGCAAAUUCUAGGAUAAGAAUUAGCUGCUCAUGAAUGUAUUUUACUUCUUGCAGAUGAUGCAUUUUUUCUGUGCCGUAGUUCGAAGUUAAAUAUUUGAAGAAAAUAAGAACAUGAUUUAUGACCUUGGCUCACAUGAAACAUAUCAUGAGAAGUUCGAAUCAUCAGUGUCACAAGUUGAUUCAGCCUUUGAACUUAUUUUAACUCAAAAAUAAUUUUUUCAACUGAAGAAGAGUUCUUUGCUGUGUAUAUUGACAAUCUUCAUCCUGACGGAACCUAAAGAAGACAUUUUCUUGAACUUUUAUUCCUCAUUGUUGAAGCGGAAGUGAAAUUUCACUUCUUUUUCAGAUGAUGUCUCAUCUGGAACCAAAUUGGGCAGAAAAUAGCAAGCCAAUUUCAACACAGAAUAAUGAGGAAAAUCAAGUAAUCAGAUCAUGAAAAUUAACAAUUUAAAAAUUAAUAUCGUGAAAUUCAUAGAUUGAGUUUUUGAAUAUAGACUUAAGUCAUUUUCAUUUCAUGACAUUCCCAAAAUUUCCAUCUUGUUUUUUCUUUUGCUCCUCUUUAAAUGUUAUCUGCUCCAUUAAAACCAAACGUAACCUAUUAUUUUAUUUCAAGUGAAGCACGUACUUUUAAGCUUUAUGUUCAUUUUCAACUAGUUUCUUCUUUUAUUUUUAUUUUUUUAUUAUAGAAGCAAUUUUUCUUUAAUUUUUCAUGUGGAAGUGUUAUAUAUGUCAUAGAAGUAAUGCAGGUUUGAUCUUUUUAACUGUCUUUAGCCAUUUUAACUUCUAACAGAAAAAUGUUGAAAUUUGGUGCACUAUCUCUACUUUUGGUGGUAGUGUUAUUAUCUGUAAGAAAAAACCCUAAGCAGAUCAUUCCUAAAAUUUCUUCAAGACAGGAGUUUUUGCCUCAAUCAGGCCUUUGUAAGCAUGCUGUAAACUUUUAAAUAAGGUUUUAAUAAUCUAAUGCCUGCUUUUUAUUAUUUUGUCUUAAAAAUCAAAUCAAAUGAAGGAUUAUUUUUGGAAAUUUCUAUCCAUAAGUCACCACGCUUCAGUGUAUGAGAUAAUUUGUGUUUGGUAUCAAUCUUUUUAAUGAAUCAAAAGUGAGCCGUCUGUUAUCAAUCAAAUAUCUCUAAGUACUUUUUUAUGGUGUUUCAUUGUGAUAUUAAUGCUAUUUUAUCUUGACUUGAAUCAAAGACUAAAAUCAUUCCCAGAGCCUUUCUUUUUGCAUCUAUAGAACUGCACUGGUGGCUGUGAAAAUAAUACCUGUUGUAGCUUUUCUCCUUUGCACCUCACCUCACAAGGCACGCACAGCGCAACGCAUCUCAUUUAAUACCCACUACUGUCGAUACCAAAGAUGUUUUCAGGGCAAACGAUUUUUAAGGUGCUAUUUAAGCAAGAAAUCAAUUGUUUUUCUUCUAUUUUGUUGGAUAGUUUUCUUUCUUUUUGUAAAUCUUCAACCCUUAUUUCCUAUUUCUUUACAGAAAAAAAAGUAAACCGCCCCAACUUUUUCUUCAGAGCAUUAGAGAGUUUUCCGUCUAAAACUCAAAAUUCAUUUUUUUGAUGGAAUUUGACAAUGAGGCCCUUUAAAAACGAAAGGAUUUUUAAGUCCCUUCUUCCUGUGGACAAUCACAAUCAUUUUUAAGUAUUCAUUGUUUAUUUUGCAGAGCACCCAAUUCUUUUGAGAGAUUUCAUAAGUCUCAUUAAUUCGGCACCUCUUUUAAGGGACCCUCAUAAGUUUGGCACUCACUCUAGCAUGAUUUCUCAUAUUUUGAUUAUUCGAAAUUGAUAAAAUUCUGAUUGAUAAAUUUGCUUCACAUUGUUUCCUGCACAUGUCUGUUAAAUCAAAAGGUGUAUUAAACCAUACGCUCCAGUGUUAUAUGAUACAUUUACAAUGCUUUCCAAAGGAAAGUGUCUCCAUUAUUAUUGAAUGUAUUCAUUUAUUGAUCACAGCUAUUAGUACUAUUUUUUACUCAUCAUUAAACUGCAAUUGACUCAGUGAGAAUGAAUACACAAUAACUCGUAAAAAAGAAAAUUUUCAGGAGAACUAACUGCAUAGUAGGUGAAGAAAUUGGUAUAAGAGAUAGGUUUUUGGUGCCGAAGGAAACGCACUUCGGGUCACUAAAAAGGCCUAAGUUGACGUAUUUGUGUAUAUCUUCAAUGACUUUCAUGAAAAUUGGGCAUUUUUAAGUUUUCGAGUUGGUGUGUUUUCAUUCCCACAGAGUCAAUGGUGAAGAAAUGAUUUUCAGACAUGCAUGACUGGCCCAACACUGGAAAAACCAAUGAGAAAAAUGAUACACGGUGAAGCUGUUCUGUAUGUCUCUCUCUUUAAAUUCUCUUUACCUCAUUCUCAAUGGAGCUUUGUCUCUCUUAUUUUUUCUAAUAACAUAUCUUUCAAUUUUAAGUUACUAAAGGUAUCUUCAACAUAUCUUUAAAUUUAUUUCUGAUCAUUAAUGAUUUUCGAGUGAAAAUGGUGGUAGUAUACUGUGCGUGCCCUUGACUUUAUUUAUGUUAUCAGAUAUUUAUCUCUAUCAAAUUUUUUAUUCUUAUUAUCAUUGGCUCUUUGUCAUUGAGUCGAACUUUUUUCAAUGUUAUUCAUAUGUUGAGAGUGUAUUUUCUGAAUUUUAAAAUUAAAUUUCUACCAACUGUCUGUA